UGCAGCCCUAAGUAGACUGUGACUUCAAAGUUCUUUCAAAAUUUAUUCGAAAUCUAAUUAAAUUUUUAGUAAAAUCAAAAAAACAUGCAAAAAACCUGGAAUAAGGCGUUCCACAAGCGCAGAGUGUGGAAUACGGUAUCGAAGCCUGGAAGGAUGGUGUACUAUAUGCAGCCGCUGGUGGAGCACUUGUUCGACACCUGGAUACAACCCUUGCCCUUCCCUACGCUUCUGAAGUUCUUCUACAGCUGCGUUGUGCUCUUCUUCAUCCUGCUGCCAAUCCUUUACCCAAUGGUGGUCCUGCUUCUCUACUAUGGAAUAUUUCAGUACGCCGGAGAGCAGCACUUUGGCUUGGUAGUUCCAGAGAACUGUGACCUUCUGGGGGCCGCCACUCAACUGUGGCGCUUCGAGGUGACCAACAAGAAGUAUAUGCUGUUCGUGACCAUGUACAUCGACAGAUACCGCGUCAUUAUAACCGCCAUAUCUUCGACAGUCGACUAUAUGCGCAUGGCUCUGUGCUUCGUCUUCAGCUGAGCCAGGAUCGCCAAGUACCCGAUCAGUAUUUGCCCCUUCCGGUUGAGGAAUGGUUUUGAAAUAGUUUUAAACUUAAGCAUGUAUUAUACAGAGGUUCUGAAUAUAUAUUUGAUAAUUUUUUGUUGACUUUUUCGAAAAA